AUGCCUUCAGAACUCGAAAUUAUCUACCGUAUCCUUAAUUCUGCUCCUCCGGGUAGACUACCACGCCUCUCAGUUCGUCAGGCGAUCCUCUUCUGGGAGCAGGAGGCAAAAUUGGCUCGCAUAAAAGCCAACGCUACUACCUUUAAAGUACCGGCCACAUAUGGCUCCUCAUUCGUUAAUUCGGCUUGA